UACUCGGACUGGCCGUCUCACCAGUGCAAGAGACGAUGCCAAACAGGUCGCGAGCGCUCAUGCUAACUAUGUCGUCUCGUCGAGGUACAUUGGACACGAACUUAGACUCCAAACGCACGGUAUGCAAUGUUUGUACUCGUUGUGCUUCGCGGUGGAGUGAAGUUAGCACCGUGCUAGCCACUUCCUUUAAACUGUUAGUUAGAAGCUAACUGUCCGCCGGGCUUGGUCUGUGAUUGGAGCAUUCCCUUUCCGGUAGGCGGGACUAAGAAAAAGGCACUUUUCUAUUUUUGCCUGUCACACACUUGGAGUGGACGCGAGGGUCUUUUGGCAACAACACGCUGGAGAAGGCGAGUCUUCAGACCAACUGUUCUCCAGCAAGGAGCUAAAAGAGCUGGAUGAUGAUGUCGGUGGACAAGUCCGAAAAGAUCUCCAUCGGCCAUCAACCCCGAGCCCCGACAAACGGCAGCGGUCAAAGCACGCUGGCUGCGCCCGUUCAGCGCAUCCCGAGGAAGCGCUACUCCGUGGGUGUCGCUUUCAAGGGUCCGGCCAAGCGCCGUCGCCGCGCCCGCAGUGAGAGUCAUGUGGAGUCCCUGCUGCCUACUCACUUCCUGUUGGGCGGCAACAUCUUUGACCCGCUCAACCUAAACUCACUGUUGGACGAAGACGUCAACAGGGCCACCAAUCAAACUACUCCAAAGUGUUCACCACUGCCGUCCCGUAGCACGGAGCCCGUGGACAUACUGGUUCCUCGAGACAUCACUGACCCUUUGAACUUGAAGGGAGAGGGAAAACCAGGUGGCAAGGCGGAAGGCGUCCUGUUCUCCCCCAUCAAGUCCAGGAGGAGACACAGAAACCAUCAUUGCGGUGAUAAGGAGGCAGCGACCCGUGCCAUCUUUCCCUCCACAGAUGGAAUAACUGUUCCAGUAUUGUCCAGGGAAGGCAGCGCAGGAGUGUCUCCUCUUCCUUGUGAACUCAACACGGCCAUCACCUGUCGAGAGGACAUUGCCCCACCCCCGAUCCUUCCCAGAAGACACUCCCACCCUCCUCCGGCCGCCACGCGCAAAUCCGGUGAACGGCGGCAGAGGGGUCGACGGCGGACCACCUCGGCAAGGUCGACGCGUGGCGUCGCCGACACGACAGAGGCGAGCCAGUUCCACACACCGCUGGCAGGAGGGCUCGGGCCCAACAGGUGCAUACGCAAGCCCCCGGAGAAGAAGGACAAACACCGCUACCAGUAUGGCAACCAUUGCCGCUUCUAUGGCUACCACGGUUUCUACGGCAAUGGGUGGGAGGGGCGCGUGGGGCCGGUUGAGGACACGCGGCUGCGCUUGCUCCAAGCCGAUUGGUUCCGAGACAAGAAGGUGCUGGACGUGGGCUGCGGCGCCGGUCACCUGACGCUCACCGUGGCCCGAGCCUUCAACCCCACACACAUCCUGGGGGUGGAGCUGGAUGGGCGACUGGUGCAUGCUGCCAGGCAGAACAUCAGGCACUUCCUGUCACAUGACCUGGUGGAGGAGGAGCGGAAGAGAAGGUCUUCGCCCUCCCCAAGUAGAAAGGCAGCCAAAAAGGAGGAGAAGAAGCAAGAGGUCCUCAAGGAGGACGAAGCUGUGCGUCUCAUGGCCUUCCCGCUGUCUCUGAGGGUGAGUCGCGGUCCUCUGGCCGCCCCCCCUCUCCUCCACGCCACUCCCCCACCCCCACGAAGGUUUCCCAACAACAUCUCCUUCAUCCAGGGGGACUAUGUGUCAGAACAAGAGGUCUGGCCCGGAAAGGGCCAGUAUGACAUUAUCAUGUGUAUGUGCGUGACAAAGUGGGUGCAACUGCAAGCCGGCGAUGGAGGCGUGGUCCGACUCUUCCGACGAGCCUAUCAGAGCCUGUCGCCAGGCGGAUUGUUUAUCCUCGAGCCGCAGCCGUGGCGACGCUACGGCCGCAGCAAGAAAGCCUCGGCAACCACAUACCAUCGCUACAGGAGUUUAAAAUUGAGACCAGAGCACUUCACCUCCUACUUGAUGGACAAUGUCGGUUUCAGCUCCUAUAGGCUCCUCACACACAACGGUGAGAAACAGCCCAUUUACCUGUUCCACAAGAAGUGACAUGCUGACUUGAGCUCGUGAUUGGACAAUGCAUCGCAGACAGGAAGUGACGCUCAUUUGUUUGUGUGGUGCUAAGAUGGAACGUUUUCCCGUCAUCUAUUCGGGGGGCGGGGGAGCUGUUGUUUUUUUUUACGGCUGCCCUCAUUAUGGUCGCGGGUGAGCAGGAUCCUAUCCCAGCUGACUGUGUUCGAGAUGGUGGAAAUUCAUCAGAGCUUAGCUUCCGAUUUCUCUGGAGUAAGUCAACUGAACUUGAGGUGACAGGACGUUGUGUUUUUAAGGUCAAAUUGUCAAUGUACAGGUUCUCCGUGUUUUGCUUGUAGGCUUUUACGCCGUCGGUUUAUAACAAAGCAUUUUUUAAUCCUCAACUGUGAAAGGAAAGCCAUAGUUUAGAUUGAGGCCUGGCUAGAAUCGAUUUGAUCAAAAGAACGUCGGAAUAAUUUCAAAAAUAUUUCAAGAAUGAAUGAGCUUUUUCUAAUCCCUAAAACACGCAUUCAAGUGGCAAAAAAAAAAAAAUGUGCAAGAAAGCAUCAGCUGAUAAAUUUAUCUUUAGAUGCAGGUCAUCGUUGUUCUUUAGUUUUGCUGGAAGUGAUGACUUCAAAAUCCCACAUGUCGCACACUAAACAUCAUUUACGGGCUCAUGAGAAAUGAUUAUUACUGUGUUUAAUCGUCAGAACUCCAGUCGAUAACGAUGAAUCGUUGAAUCGGUCAGCCCCGAUAAUAUUUCUUUUGUUUUAUGUAAAUAUGAGCAGAGAGUUUACACAGAAGACAAUGAACUGAAGAAAACUGAGGGAAACCACAACUCAUUCACCGUUCUGCCCGCACUGCCUGAUCAUUCAAAUAAAUCAAUACAUUUGACUUGCAUUUCA